AUGGGUGUGACCAAGACUACUCUCAAGGAGGGCUCCGGUGCUCAGCCCACCAACGGCCAGACCGUCACCAUUGAGUACACCGGCUGGCUGAAGGAUACCAGCAAGCCUGACAGCAAGGGAGCCAAGUUUGACUCUUCUGUCGGUCGUGGCGAUUUCGUCGUCCAGAUUGGCGUCGGCCAGGUCAUCAAGGGUUGGGACCAGGGCGUCACUCAGAUGAAGGUGGGCGAGAAGGCUACUCUUGACAUUAGCCCCGACUUUGCCUACGGUGCUCGCGGAUAUCCUCCCAUCAUUCCUCCCAACUCCACCCUCAUCUUCGAUGUCGAGCUGAAAAAGGUCGCCUAA